AUGGGUUCAUCAACAUCAUCAUUACCACCAUCUAUCAGAAAUUACCCUGUAAUUAUUAAAACAAAAAAUGGAAAACAAUUUUCUAUGAUGUAUCAUUCAUUAAAUGAACAUAUUCUUUUACUUUGGAAAGUUAUUAAUCAUCCAGAAAUGACACAAGAAGAACCGGAAUUAAAUUAUUAUAUUAAAGAUUAUUGUAAACGAAUGAGUAAAGGAAAAAUGAGAACAUAUGAUCAACAAGAAAACCUUCCAUGGCAACUUGAACGGAUUUGGCAUGUUCACUGA